UAAAAGCAGGUAAACAAUGUCGGUUAGUUCAUUGCGAAAUCCCCCUCCUUUUCUGGAUGGUGAAGAUCAGGAGCCAGAAUACGAUACAAGGGACCUGGACAGCGACGACGGAGAGGAUAUUUUCACUGGUAGAAGCAAUAAACCAUUCACACCAACACCACCAGAGACGGAUCCUCCCACAGAUAUCUUUAGCGAAGAAGGGUACACGGUCCAGACCCCCAUCAAGCACCCGUCGCUCCACACCAACAUUUUGGAACCAAAAUUUAAUGGCAUUCAGUCUGACGAAGAGCUGGAUUUAUUUGCAGAGGCCACUGUAGAGCUGACCUUAACCACGCCAAACAGCCAAGGGAGAAAGGAGGUCUGUCCGACAGGACCUCAUUUUAGCAUCUUAAAUGCGCAUAGCAGUUUACGCAUGCCUGACACUUCCAACAAGACCAUGGAGGAGCUGGAAGAGGAGGAACAUGGAGAUACAUUUGAGCUUAAUAUUGCUGUCACCAAUCCUGAAAAGAUGGGAGAUGGCAUGAAUGCUUUCAUGACCUACAAAGUGUCCACUCAGACUAGUCUGCCAGCAUUCCGCAGUAAAACGUUCUCAGUACGUCGGAGAUUCAGUGAUUUCCUGGGUUUGUAUGAGAAGCUGUUGGUCAAACAGAGUCUGAUGGGGUGCAUCAUACCUCCACCGCCUCAGAAGAGCGUGGUUGGUAUGACUAAAGUCAAGGUAGGAAAGGAGGAUCCAUCUUCAGCAGAUUUUGUGGAGAAGAGAAGAGCAGCACUAGAGAGGUAUCUCCAAAGGGUGGUGGUGCACCCUGCUCUAUUGCAGGAUCCUGAUGUUCAAGAAUUUCUGGAAAAAGAGGAGUUGCCCAGGGCAGUGAAUACUCAGGCUCUGAGUGGAUCUGGUUUCCUCAAGAUGAUAAACAAAGCAUCAGACGCCGUGAAUAAGAUGACCAUAAAAAUGAAUGAGUCUGAUAACUGGUUCGAGAGCAAGCUGCAGGAGGUUGAGAAUGAAGAGCAGUUGUUGAGGAGGCUUCAUGCUUCAUUUGACUCGCUGGUCAAUCACAGGAAGGAAUUGUGCAGCAGCACUGCCAUGUUUGCGAAGAGCGUGGCGAUGCUGGGCAGCUCUGAGGAGAACUCGGCGCUGUCUAGGGCGCUGUCCCAGCUGGCUGAGGUGGAGGACAAGCUGGAGCAGCUGCAGCAGGAGCAGGCCUUCAGUGACUUCUUCAUCUUCACCGAGCUGCUUGCAGACUACGUGAGACUACUCGGGGCUGUGCGUGGCUGUUUUGAGCAGCGUGUGAAAGCCUGGCAGCGCUGGCAGGAAGCUCAGAGCACUCUCCAGAAGAAAAGGGAAGCAGAAGCCAAACUGCUCUGGGCCAACAAACCUGACAAGCUGCAGCAGGCUAAGGACGACAUCACUGAGUGGGAGGCUAAAGUGGGUCAGAGCGAGCGGGAUUUUGAGCGGAUCAGCUCCACCUUAAGGAAGGAAGUGCACAGGUUUGAGAAAGAGAAGUGCAGAGAUUUCAGACACCACAUAGUGAAAUACCUGGAGUCUCUCCAUCGCACACAGCAUCGGCUGGUGAAAUGUUGGGAGACAUUCCUACCUGAAGCUAAAGCCAUCGUGUGAAAUCUUCACCUAAAGACCAACUUUGUAACUGCCCUCUACACAUUUCUGACGUCUAAGCACCACCACACUCACACCUAAAAUACAAGCGCACACAGAUAACACAUGCAUAGUGCAGAGGGACAAUCAAAUUCCACAUUCCUGCGGUAUCCUUCGUUCAGAUGAAAUUUACAGAAACUUAUUUUGUGAUGUGAGAAACUGCAGUGUUGAUACUUUUUCACCCAAUUUAAGCUUAUAUUGUCCUAUAGUACUAUUCCUAAUGCACUACAACUGUCUUGAAACUUUAGUAGCUCAAGCUGUCAGAAUAUUCAAAAAUGUGUGGUAAUGACUGACUGAAAGCCUACAACAAAAACAUCUCACAAGCUAAAGUCUAAUAAAACAAACCAAUGAAUGUACUAUGGUAUGGAGAUCUGCUUGACUCCAUGUGAGUUUAUAUGUCUACAGUACAAUGAGUUUUGGGUUAAAAAGUAUCAAAACAUAUCCUUAUGAAGAAAGGUAUAGGUAUAUUUUGGGCAUCUGCAUCUUAAAGAUUGAGUUUAAAUGUUAUGAUUCCUCUAGACGGAAGACCAUUCGGCUCCAGACCUCAAAGUUAAUUUGCAAUCCUGAUUAUUAAACACUAUAGGCGCACACACCCACAAACACCAUUUCAGCUAUAACAGUCUCCACUGUUCUCUGAAGGCUUUCCACAAGAUUUUGAAGUCUGUAGGACUGUAUGCCCAUUCAGUCGAACAAGCAUACGUGAGGUCCGUCACUGACGUUCCAUUUCAUCCCAGAGGUGACGAGUGGGGUUGAGGUCAGGGCUCUGUGCAGGCCCUUGGAGUUCCUAAACACCAAAACUGACAUGUUUUAAUAAACCCCACUUUGUGCAGAGACAGUCAUGUUAGAACAGGAAAGGUCCUUCCCAAUCUUCCACAAAUUUAGAAGCAUACCAUUUUAUAAAAUGUCUUUGCUUUGUAUGAUGUAACAAUAUUACCGUACACUGGAGCUAAGGGGCCCAAACCCUGAAAACCAGCCCCAGACUAUUCUCUCCUACACCAAACUGCACUGUUCACCCUGUGCAUAGUAAUGGCUAGCAUUCUCCUAGCAUCCAUCAAGCUUGGAUUCAUUCAUCAGACUGCCAGAAAAUGAAGGGUGAUUCAUUGCUCUAGAGUCCAGUGACCACAUGAUUUACGGUUAGUUUGUCAUUGUACAUAGUGAUAUUAGGCUUGUUGGCACCUGCAGGGCCAUUUUUACACACAACACACUUGAUCACUAGGCAGCCUGACUGAGCCUGAGUCUCAGGCGGAGGCUGUAUGGUCUACUGCUUCGAUGCUAAGCUCUCCGUGCUUCCAUUUCACCAUAACGGCAUUUAUAGUUGAAAAGAGUCCAUCUAGCUGAUGCUUCACAAACUACUUGUGGCAAAUGUGGCAUAGCAUGACAGUGCCAUGUUUAAAGUCACAGAUGUUCAGUAUGACCCAUUCCACUAUCACCAUGUGUUUAUGGCUAUUUCAUGGCAAUGUACUUGGUUUUAUACAACUGUUAGGAGUGGGUGUGGCUGCCCCAGGCUCUAAUGCCUAAAUCAGUAUGUCCACAUACUUUUGGCCAUAAAGCAUUAUUACAUGUAGUUGAGCAUUUCUUGUAGCUGACUGGCCAUGUUGUGUGUGUGUGUGUGUGUGCGCGUGCAUAUGCAUUUUUGUAGUUUAUGUAGCAUUUUAAUAGGUAAAAGCCAGGGUAGAAAAAAAAUCCCUGAAUCUCGUAACUUUCGAUUUCAUUCAACUCCAGAGUCCAUUUGGCUCUGAACUUUAGUGUUAUAACCUGUGCGUUGGUAGGCAGAGCAGCAGCAGGGCUCUUGCCCAAUGUGGUUGGGGAAUAACCCUGAACUCAGUCAGGAGGAGAGUCAAAACAUUUACUCCAUUGAGGAAAGUCUUCAGAGGAUUUUGGUCCAGUUACAUUUGUUAUACUGACUGGUGUCAACUUGGGUGAUUUUGCAGUUUUUAUGAUUUCCUCUUCUUAGUCACACCCACUCACAGCUUCUGUUGGAAAAGGAAGAGAAAUGGCUUAUCAUUAGAAAAAUGCUGAAUUGAAAAAACAAAAUUGUCAGAUUCCAGAUG